CCCAGUUCCUGGUAACCAUAUAAAUACGAGCUGGCGACGCCGGCACGCUCAGUUGUGCCGAUACCUGCGGUAGUGUGAGUUGCAGCCGCCGACGCUCUCUGCCCCCUCACAAACAAUCAUCCAACAUGUCACGUAGUCGUUCCGGCUCUGGCUACAACAAUUGGGUCAGCGGUCUGCGGAAUGACUUCUCUCGAAGCCUUGAAAACCGUCGACGAGCUGAAGCCGAAGCUGAAAAACCUCCCAGUUCAGCUAACAAAGUAGAUCGUGUCCACUGGUACAUCAAGGACAAUGCCAAAACCCACAACACCAUCAAGUAUGACCUGGUACAUGAUGACAAGGACCCAAAGCCAGUACUGCGUCGUGGCCAGACCUUCUACCUGGCUAUCAGGUUCAGGAAUGACGUUGACAUAAAGCGGGAUCGUAUUGUCCUUAACUUCAAGUUUGGACCCAAGCCAUCUGUUCAGAAGGGCACCAUGGCUGUAGUUACUGUGCAGAACACUAAAUUCACCAAGACUAAGGAUGAAUGGGACUGUCGCAUUGACCCUGGAACUCGUGGAAAUGAUCUUGUGCUGCAGGUGUACUCUCCAGCAAGUGCCAUGGUAGGCAUAUGGCGUCUCGAUGUUCGCACUGGUCUCCAGGACAUUAAUCAACCAGGAAUGGAACUCUUCUCUGAAGAGACUGACUGCUUCAUCCUCUUCAAUCCUUGGUGCAAAGAUGAUUCUGUAUAUGUAGAAGAUGAUGUAAAAAGGCAGGAAUAUGUGAUCAAUGACAAGGGUAAGGUGUAUGUGGGCGCCUAUAGAAAAUCUCGAGGUCGAGCUUGGGCUUAUGGCCAGUUCGAUGAUGUGGCUCUUCCUGUGGCUGUUUACAUCUUGGAGCUGAGUCGAGUUGCCGACGCUGAACGUGGUAACCCGGUUAGGGUCGUGCGAGGAAUUUCUGCAGGAGUAAAUGAUUCAGACGAGGAAGGCAUCUUAAGCGGACGAUGGGACGGGGAGUACAGUGAUGGUGUGGCGCCUUACAGGUGGACUGGAAGUGUCAGAAUUUUGGAAGAGUUUGUGAAAAAUGGAUAUAAACCCGUCAAGUAUGGACAAUGCUGGGUCUUUUCAGCGCUUGUCACCACAAUCUGCCGUUCUCUGGGCAUCCCCUGCCGGUCCAUAACCAACUUUGUCUCUGCCCAUGACACCAAUUCCUCUCUCACCAUCGACAAGUUCUUUGACAAAGAGGGCAAUGAACUUGAAGGUGGACCCGAUGGUGAGAAUUGGGAUUCUGUUUGGAAUUUCCACGUUUGGAAUGACGUGUGGAUGGCUCGCAAUGAUCUUCCACCAGGCUAUGGAGGCUGGCAGGCAAUUGAUGCCACACCUCAGGAAGAGAGUGAUCACAAAAUGCAGUGCGGACCUGUAUCCUUGCAAGCUAUCAGACGGGGUGACAUUGGUCUGAACUAUGAUGCCCCAUUUGUAUUUGCUGAAGUUAAUGCUGACAUCAUGCACUGGGGAGAGGAUGAGAACAGUGACUGGGGCUGGAGUCGUAUGAAGAUGAACAAGUACCACAUCGGUCGUGCGAUACUUACCAGGAACCCAGGUAAGGAUGACGAUGACGGGGACGCUGAUCAGGAGGAUGUAGUGAAUGAUUACAAGAACGCUGAGGGCACACAGGCCGAGCGUCUGGCCAUCCACAACGCCAUCCGUGGGUCAAGCCGUGCCCAGCAAUACUAUCAGUACAAUAAGGACAUAAAGGAGGAUGUUUUCUUUGAUUUGAUUGACAUUGACAAAAUCUCAAUUGGUGAACCAUUCCAGGUCAAGGUUGUGAUCCGCAACGAUUCUAACGAACAAAGAAAAGUGAGUGCCUACCUCUCUGCUCGGUCUGUAUACUACACUGGUGUUAAUGUUUCUCUCAUCAAGAAAGCUGAGGGAACCUUUUCUUUGGCACCUAAGCAGACACAAGAUGUGGCUCUGACUGUUCAAUACAGUGAGUAUUGGAAGAAGCUGGUGGAGCAGUGCAUGAUAAAGAUCUAUGCUAUAAGUCGUGUGAAAGAAACUGGCCAGACAUGGACAGAUGAGGACGACUUCCAAGUGGAGAAGCCCAAGUUAGAGAUCCAGACUUCAGAAGAUAUACAAGUUCGUAAAACUUGUAAAGCUACAUUUUCCUUCACCAACCCACUUGAUAUGCCGCUCACUGACUGUCAGCUUAGCGUGGAUGGUGCUGGACUAAUGCGGCCAAAAGCGAUUAAGAUUGAUGGUGAAGUGGCAGCUAAAGGGAAGUUCUCACACACUAUUCAGUUCCUGCCUCGCAUUCAUGGAGAGCGGAAGAUUAUUGCCAGCUUCAACGCAAAGGAGCUCUUUGAUGUUGCAGGAGCCAAGACAGUCACUGUUAAGAAAGAACAAUAAUUUCUGGCUAUUCGCUUUUGUAUGAUGACAGUAAAGGCAGAACUGGCAGGAGAGAAACAGUCCUUGAACUACUGCAGUUUUCCUGUAUAUCAAUUCCUGGGAAGUUAAUAUCCUUGCUGAGAUUUUGGUGAUUAAGUAUAUAAACAAUACAGUAGAUCAGUUAAAGAAUAAAUACAAGGAUGAUGAAGGACUUAAGGGAGAUGUUGACAAUAGAUACAGAUUGUGGUGUGAACAAGUUAGGCAGCUGAGAAGCUUUAAAAGUUGUUUUUCAUGUGUUGGAUAUAAACAGAUAGAUGUGGCUUGUCCAUAAAGUGAAUUUGACUAUAUUUAGAUGCUUAUUAAAGUCAAUGAGUAUCUACCAUUGAAUUAAAUACACAUUUUUAUUCAUGUUUCAUCCUGAAAAAACUCGGUAAAACAGAAGCAAUAGUAUGAAAGCUGGCACAUCAGCUGUAACAACUUAGUGUUGAACAUUAAGUACAGGUAGUACACAAAUCAUUGUUAUGAGUCACAUUGUACACCAAGAGUAACUUUACACUCAAAGGUUAAUGAGAUAAUUCUCGGCCACAAGGCUGAGUACCUUUCACUUGAUAUAUUUUAAUAUUUUCUCAAAUCUUAUGGGAGAUGUUAGUGCAAAAACAUCAGCUAUUUCUUAAGUGCUUAAUAUUCAUAUGAUACAAAAGUGCUAUAAGUGGAACACAGUGCCUUGCCAUUUACUCGCUUCUAUUCAUUUUAUUUUUAAUAUCCCUCAAAAACUUGUGCAUUUUACAAGACCUGUUACAUUAGUUUUCAAAAGUGAUAUUUUGAACUAAAAAUUCGAUUUUUUUUUUACAUUUGUGUUGAUAGAAAUAAAGUUUUUUAAGUUCAAUCUUCAAAAAUAUUUCCUAUUUGAAUCAUAUCUGAGAAAUACCAACCUUUACUAAACCAAAUUAACUUAAUGUCAUGCACAUGUUUAUGUUAAGUAAUGUUUGUACUAAUGUUAGUACUGUACAAGUACUGUACUUUUUGUAGAGUAAGGAAUACUAACACAGUCAAUAAGAAGGGAUUUACACUUGCUUGGGUUUCAGUUAAGAAGCUUAGGGAGAGUCUUCAGUUGUCAUAGAUGUGGAACAGUUCUUCUCUAUUUUCAUGAAUAAGCAACUGACUUCCACAUUAUUGUUUUUGUAUUUCAUAGUUAACAUAAGCAUCUUAACUCUUGCCUUAAUGCUUGCAUCUGUCAGAAGCAGCUGUUGGUUCUUUGUGUUGAACUUAAAUCAAAAUAUGUAACAAAUAUGAUCUAUUGUAAGAUAAGAAGAAAAGCUAUUUCAUAUUUUUAUAUUCUAGUUAGUAAAACAACCUUUUAAUAUUUUCCAACUCACAUAUUGACACAUAACCCAAUGUUAACUAAUAAAAAAAUAAUAACUAUUAAAAACUAUAUUGGGUAGCCUUUUAAAUAACACUUUGGUAAGAACAGAAAAAAAAUUCAGAGCUGUUAAGUAAAAUGUUUAUUUCUGACUUCUGAGGAAUCCUAUAUAAUAUAUAUAUUAAUAUUUUUUAUUUCCGCUUUUUACUGGUCAUCAUAUAUGUGUGUGUGUGUGUGUGUAUAUAUAUAUAUAUAUAUAUAUAUAUAUAUAUAUAUAUAUAUAUAUAUAUAUAUAUAUAUAUAUAUAUAUAUAUAUAUAUAUAUAUAUAUAUAUAUAUAUGAUUAGAUAUAAAGAAACAAUAUUGAGUGAUUUUUGUACAAGUAGAUGAUGACCUACCAUGUUUAUCACUUUCCAAUAAAGGAAAUAUAAAAAUAUCUUAAGUGGAGUAUGAGAUCCUUCAACACAUUAUUAUGCUGUAGUGUACUCAUAUACUGUACAGUAAAAGUCCAAAAAUCCGGAUGCCAGAAAUUUGGACCACCCGAGAAUCCGGACUUUUAGGAAAUUCAAUUUUUUUUUUUUUUUU